GGGGGCGGGGGACAGCAGGAGGGGGCCAAGAUUGUUCAAUCAGAAACUGCGAGACUCAAGAUAUUAGAUUCCAGUUUUAGAAUCAUGGAAUUUAGAGAAUUCCCUAGCGGUCCAGUGGCUAAGACUCCACGCUCCCAGUGCAAGGGGCACAGGUUUGACUCCUGGUAGGGGAACUAAGAUUCCGCAUUGCCGCCCAGCAUGGCCUAAAAAAAAAAAAAAAAAAUUAGAUUCCAGUUUUAGAAUAAUGGAAUUUAGGGAAUUCCUUGGUUGUCCAGUGGUUAGGACUCAGCGCUUUCACUGCCGAGGCUCAAUCCCUGAUUCAAUCCCAGGUUCAGUCCCUGGGCGGGGAGCUAAGAUCCCACAAGCCGCAUGCUGUGGCCAAAAAAAAAAAAAAGGAUAAGAUGUUACCAUCAGCAAUCAGGAGCAGCAUCACAGAAUGUUAGGAAGUGAGGCCCAAGUCAAGCCAUUAGGAAACUGACUCAGGUGGGGAGGAGGGGGGGAGGGGGUCCCAGGCCCGUAUCCCUGAAUGCAGGGGACCCCAGGAUUAGACGCCUCCCGUGGCCCACACCCUCCUCCGUGUUGCAGGUCUCCUGACACCAUGGGCACGCGAUACUUCCUGGCUCUGUUUCUCAUCUUCCUGGUGUUGGCAUUCGAGGUCCAGGGGGUAUCCACAGCCCAAGAAGACGAGACUACCAGCUCUGAUCUGCUCACCCAGGUGCAGGAAUCGCUCUUAGGUUACUGGGAUACAGCCAAGGCAGCUGCCCAGAGCCUGUAUGAGAAGACAUACCUGCCUGUCGUGGAUGAGAAAAUCAGGGACAUGUACAGCAAAAGCACAGCAGCUGUGACCACCUAUGCAGGGAUUUUUACUGACCAGGUCUUGUCUCUGCUGAAGGGAGAAGAUUAACAGCUGGGCCCCCAAUCGCGGUGGCGUGGGGGGUGUCCAGGUUCCAGCAAUCCCUUGGGUCCCCUGAUCUGCACCCCACCCCCACUUCCUAGCAACUUUCAACAUCCUGCUCCCAACUCUAGCCUGACUUCUUAUCAAUAAAAAGCCAAGUUUAUUCUUUUG